AUGGCGAAGAGAGGCGGUACUCGACUCCAGGCACUGGUGACGGUUGCUGGGACUUUUGCCUUCAUCGGAGCCUAUUCUGCAAUACCGCGAAUCUCAAUUACGCGGAAUGACGAUUCGACCAUCAUCAAAUAUGAUCAUAUCAAGCCCAAGAUCCACGUUCCAGCUCCAGCCGAUCCAGGCAUGGUCAUAUCAUCCGGACCAAAACCUCAAACAUCAUCAGUCCCGCGGCGAGGCAAGCCAUUCUCGGAGAACGAUUGGAUAUUUGACACUGGCGCCACUACGCAUGUCUGCAGCAACCGCAGCCUUCUACACACCUAUGACACAUUGAACCCCUACAAUAACAAGCUUGACCCGCGAGCCGUGGGUUAUUUUGGGCCGAAUCCGGUCCCAAUCGUUGGAGUUGGGGACGUCACAUUUGACUUGCCCUGCGGAAUCGAACCUAUUGCAGGUGGUUCGACUGGAUCCCGUGGUCUUCUGGUUAACCGCAUGACUAUUCGGCAUGUCAGUCACAUCCCACAAGCAGGCGUCAACCUCAUUAGCUGGUCACAGCUGAAGAGAGCCAAAGGCGCCAAUCUCAGCCUCGAGGAAGAGGCCGACGGAUCCCUGACGGUGAAGAACCGAGGCAAGCCUGUCAUGCGAUUCGAGCCCAGGGACGGCCUUUUCUUUCUCGUUCAGCUCCCGCCGACCCAGCCUGUUUCUACAAGCACAACCGGCUGA